CCGGCGGGGCGCGCCCGGCCCCACGCUGCCACCCCGGCCGGCCCCGGCCUCCCGCCUCGGGUUUUUUCCCCCCCUCUUCUCUUCUGCAACUCGCAAAAGUUUCCCUGCUGCACACCGUCUUUUUUUGUUGUUGUUUUUUGACUUAAAUCGGUUGAGGAGAGAGAGGGGGAAAAAAAUACAACUUUUGCAAACUUUUCCAGCCUUGCCUCUCGGCUCCCCGGCCAGGCUUCACUCGGGUGGAGAACUUCGCCUCUUCUAGUUUUACUUUUUUUAACUCUUCCCUGCCCCUUAGCCACCUGAUUUUUUUUUCUUUUUUUUUUUUUUUUAUCCCGUUUCCCCCCCUCUGCCACUUUCUCGCAUGAAUCUCCUAGACCCCUUCAUGAAAAUGACAGAAGAACAGGACAAAUGCAUCUCCGAUGCCCCCAGCCCCACCAUGUCGGAUGACUCCGCCGGCUCUCCCUGCCCCUCGGGAUCCGGCUCGGACACGGAGAACACCCGACCCCAAGAAAAUACCUUCCCCAAGGGUGACCCGGACCUGAAGAAGGAGAGCGACGAGGACAAGUUCCCAGUGUGCAUCCGCGAGGCGGUCAGCCAAGUGCUCAAGGGUUACGACUGGACCCUCGUGCCCAUGCCAGUCCGGGUGAACGGAUCCAGUAAAAACAAGCCCCACGUGAAGAGACCCAUGAACGCCUUCAUGGUGUGGGCACAAGCCGCCCGGAGGAAGCUGGCGGACCAGUAUCCGCAUCUGCACAACGCCGAGCUCAGCAAAACCCUGGGCAAGCUCUGGAGGCUGCUCAACGAGAGCGAGAAGCGUCCCUUCGUGGAGGAGGCCGAGCGGCUGCGGGUGCAGCACAAGAAGGACCACCCCGACUACAAGUACCAGCCGCGGAGGAGGAAGUCGGUGAAGAACGGGCAGGCGGAGCAGGAGGAGGGCGCCGAGCAGACCCACAUCUCCCCCAACGCCAUAUUCAAGGCGCUGCAGGCGGACUCCCCGCAGUCGUCCUCCAGCAUCAGCGAGGUGCACUCUCCCGGCGAGCACUCCGGGCAGUCGCAGGGACCCCCCACGCCUCCCACCACCCCCAAGACGGACGCACAGCCCGGGAAGCAGGACCUGAAGCGGGAGGGACGCCCCCCGCAAGAGGGGGGCAGGCAGCCGCCCCACAUCGACUUCCGCGAUGUGGACAUCGGCGAGCUCAGCAGCGACGUCAUCUCCAACAUCGAGACCUUCGACGUCAACGAGUUCGAUCAGUACCUGCCCCCCAACGGCCACCCCGGCGCGCCGGCCACCCACGGCCAGGUCACCUACACGGGCAGCUACGGCAUCAGCAGCACGGCCGGCAGCCCGGCGGGCGCCGGGCACGGCUGGAUGUCCAAGCAGCAGCCGCAGCAGCCGCCGGCGCAGCCGCAGCAGCCGCCGGCGCACGCGCUGGCCCCGCUGAGCGGCGAGCAGGGCCAGGCGCAGCAGAGGACGCACAUCAAGACGGAGCAGCUGAGCCCCAGCCACUACAGCGAGCAGCAGCAGCACUCGCCGCAGCAGCUCAGCUACAGCUCCUUCAACCUGCAGCACUACGGCUCCUCCUACCCCCCCAUCACCCGCUCCCAGUACGACUACACGGACCACCAGACCUCCGGCUCCUACUACAGCCACGCCGGCGGCCAGAGCGGCGGCCUCUACUCCACCUUCACCUACAUGAGCCCCACGCAGCGGCCCAUGUACACCCCCAUCGCAGACACCUCGGGGGUGCCCUCCAUCCCCCAGACCCACAGCCCGCAGCACUGGGAGCAGCCCGUCUACACGCAGCUCACCAGACCCUGAGGCCGGAGCGCCGGCGCGCGAGAGGCCACCGCAGCGGAGAGCUUCCUGGGACUGUUCCUCUUCGAAAUACUAAAAAAAAAAAAAAGAAAAGGAAAGAUAAAAAAGAAGAAAAAAAUAAAAAGACAAAAAAAAAAACCCAAGAUGCUAAGGUAACGCUGGCAGGGAGGAGGGGACGCCGGAGCCUUCUGCACUACAGCAUCCUCCCGGGAGUGGCGAGACCGCUCCGAGAACCGGCAAAACUCGGUACAGACUUUCCAAGGACUGGAGAUGGACUUUAACUUCGCUUCAAGGGCGCAGCGCGGAGACGAGAUUUCUAACCAACCAGCUCAUUUGUCUGUUGUCUGGACUUCUGUAAUGAUUCUUUUUUUUGUUAAGCAGUAAUUAAAAAAGCAAAGAAAAAAAAUGGGGGGGGGGGAAUAAAAAGAAAAAAAUCUCAAGAGUCCUCUGUGAGGAAUAUUCUCUAUUUUAAAUAUUUUUUAGUAUGUACUGUGUAUGAUUCGUUACCAAUUUGAGGGGAUUUAUACAUAUUUUCUAGAGAUUUUUAAAAUGCUCUUAUUUUUCCAACAGCUAAAAAUGACACUUAGAGCAGUCCUAGCUUUUCUUGCAGUCAGAGGUAUUUUUGUAUAGAUAAGUGUCUUUUUUCCCUCUUAAAAAGUAAAUAAAUAAAAAAGCGAAACCGCGUGCAUUUAACUCGGAACACAACUCGUGUUAAGCGGCCACCACCAGGCUUAGCCACGGCAGCUCUGCAGCUGGGGAGGCGCGAGCUGAGCUUGUACGAGGAAUCAGAAUAGAAGAGGCUUUAUUUUUCUAACUCGAGAAUAGCAAAGCAAGCCAGGAGGAGAUUUUAACUUUAUUUUUAAAAAACCUUGAGCCUUAAGGAAGAAAAAAAAAAAAAACACACAGCAGAAAGCGCUGUGGAGAAGCCUUAAAAGCAGCCCCGGGCAGCCGCCUGCGGCCGAGGCUGCUAGAGCACGUUGGAGACAUCAGAGAGCCCUUAAAUUAUUUAUUUUGAGCUAAGAGCAGUUUUGAAUCACAGCUUUCCUUCCCCCCCUUUUUUUUUUUUAAAAAAAACUCCCUUCUACUUCAACUCCUUUUGAAAGCAAUUACAUUUGUUGGAGCAUUAUUUGGAAGGUAACCGUGCCUGUUAAAUUAUGGUCUAAACUGUAACCAGUUCUUUAUUUAUCUCUUUAAUUCUUUUUUUUUAUUAUUAUUAUUAUUAUUCUUUUUGGAAUCUGUGUCCUGGGUUUGUACAAACUUGUGCUCUUCCUUUUUUUUUUCUUUGGUCUAAGGAUAAACUGGAAAAAGAAAAAAAAAUUUGUACAAACUAAAGAUUGCAAAUGUAGCGUAUCACUGAAUCAUUUGCCUUGUUUUCUGCCUCAGCUCUCUGGGACACACGAGCUCGUGCGAGUCCGAGCCCCGGCGCCCCGCGGCGCCGCCUGCGCGCGGGCGUCACCGUUUUGGCCUUCCACCCCCAACACUGUCUCGAGGUGGGGACACUGACUUUGGUGAAGCUGUGGCUGAACAGUUAAGGAUUGCUUUUUAAAAAAGACAGCAAACUUUUUUUUAUUUAAAAAAAUGAUAUAUUUGUUAACUUUUUUUUUUUAGGGAUCGAGUAGAAGAAAAAAUCUUAAAGCACUCUUAUAAUAUGGCAUCUUUCUAUUUCUGUAUAAAAGCAGAUCUUUUUAAAGUAUUUCUGUAACUUAAAAGA